UAGAUUACAAAGUCGAAGGUUAAAGCCACAUCUACUUGUUGUCUUUCGUAUUUGUGGUUUAAUACAGAAACGGGAAGGAAUUAAAGAUGCCUUUAUGUUACAUAUAUACAAACCUGAAAAGUGAGGAGCUGGCGGAUACUCUAGAGGAACAGUUGACAGUCUGUGUGUCUAAAACGCUCGGCAAACCAAGAGAACGAAUCUCGGUGCUGGUGUUCCCAGGGACCCGGAUGAUGUUUCAAGGUUCCGAGAAUAAGGGAAUUAUUUGCCAGAUCCGCUCUAUCGAUGUGUUUGACGAGAGCCGGAACCCAGCGUACUUCCCACCCAUCAUGGAAGUCCUCACCACCGCCUCCGGGCUCGACGCCAAAAGGAUCACAAUCGAAUUAGUGGAUCUACCGGCACACAUGGUCAAGACGGGAAAAUGAAAGAACAAGCUUUGUAGCCUCUUGUCAAUAAAUCGAUCGUUUCCGAUAUCAGUGUGUGUAUACCACGUGAUAAAUUACGUCAUAUAUGCUACGUCGGAAGGCAACAUUUUGCUUAAAAUGAACACUUAAAACAAAGAUAACUUUUGUUUUACAACACCAAUUUAAAUAAAACAAAGGGCAGUCUAUGUCGCUUAAAGAGCCCCGCCUUCGUUUUAUUACUGGAGUUUGUUAAGGUGAUUAGUUUCAUCAAACACUUUGACAAACCUGAUUCCAAAAUAAUGUUUUGGCAGUGCUCCGUCAGAGGGCCGUAUUGUGAAAAGGUUUGUCGAAGUGUUUAAAGAAACUAAACUCUCAAUCAAACUCUGGUAAAAGACCGAAGGCGGGGCUCUGUAAGCGGCGUAGACUGCGCUAUGUUUCAUUUAAAAUGGUGAAGAAACAGUGACGUUAUCUUUGUUUAAAGUCUUCUUUCGAAGCAAAAUGUUGCCUUACGACGUAGCAUUUAUGACGCAAUUUAUCACGUGGUAUACACACACUGGAUAUUACUUUGAUGAUACAUCUAUAACUCCAUUGUCUUGCAAUAGUGUGUUCUAAUGUAAUACGUAAAUAUGUAUAUAAGUAUAUGUGACUUGAAUUAAUUUCCCCCGACAAUGUUCAGGCACAGCAUUGUAAUCAAGAACAAUACCUAGGUGAAGAUAUAGGGCGUACUUGAAUGGGCAUCACAUGCAUGCUGUGUGUCUGAAACGCAUAAACUUUAACAUGUAUUUAUAAGUAAUAUUUUAUAAUUCAUAAAUUCAUGUUGCCAUGGCUAAUUACCCAUUAUACGAAUGAGUGUACGUGUAUUGUUACUCAAUGUUACUCAGGAGAUGACACAUUUGAUAACUUGAUCC